AUGUAUUCGAAUAGUGUACCAUCACCCAGUUCUGAUCCUGCAUUUAGACAACAGCAAUAUGGACCAUGUUCUCUUCCUCCAAUUCCUCAAGAUCUAGUACAACCUUUACGUGAUGCUUUACCAAAAAUAGAUGAAGCUUUAUUAGCCAGUGUACCAGUGGAAGCCCUUCCUCUAUGUCAAAAACUAUUCAGCGCGUGGUUAUCAACAAGUUCAUCUAAGAUUGAUAUUGUUCCUCCACCAAGAGCAAAGACUACUAUGAAUAUUGCUUCUCUCUAUCAGUCUUCACCAUCAUCUUCAACUGAUCAUCAACGAUAUUUACAAACUUCAGUUUCAUCUAUCCAACCAACAACUAUAACUACAACAACAAAACAAUGCCGAAAAAGUCAAUCAACAAGUCGUCUCUCUUCUUGGUUUUCCUGGACGUUCCCAAAACGAAAAAAUCCUGCUGUGGCUCCGAUGACAUUUGGUCCCAAGAAAUCAAAUUGCCAACAACAAAAUAUUUCCGACUUGUCCUCGACUAAUAAAACAUCGAUGUCUCCUGAAAUUGGUACUGUUCCAUCCGAACUUUCCACUUCCAAAACGGAGGCAUCUUUUCAUCAAAGAUAUGAUUCAUCUCAUCGACCUCCUUUACCUCAACGACCUCAACAUACUCAUCAACCUCUUCUAUCACAACGAAGAUCUCAGAAAAUUUAUUCUGAUCAACUGGAAGAUCACGAGCACCGUCGGAUUUAUCAACACUCACAUCCCUUGCCUGGAUUAUCGCCAUCUUUGUCUUCUUCUUCUUCUUCCAGUACAACAUCAACUACAUAUCUAUCCAAAACAAGUCAAAAGGAUAAUGGUGGCAGCUCUCAUGGUUAUCGACGCAGUUUUUCGUUUAUGUUAUCCAAGAUUGGAACAAAAGUACGCAAGGUGAUUCAAGGUGGUAGUCAACGUAUUCAUCCUCAAUUGAAAUCGAACACCAGUCAUCAUCUUUCUUCUGCACUUCCUUUAUCUGUCUUGUCUCAAAUCAAUUUGCCCGAACCGCAUAACCUUCCUGGAUCCUCCUCUCGUCGUUGUCGUCUUCCUGUACAAGAAAUCCCCGCGUCCAGUAUCAUUUGUUCUCCUCCUUCUUCUUUAUCUGAUAAUCAAUUCAAGGAUAAUGCUGACACACCUAUUGAUUCGGAUGGACACAUUCAUCAGGACGAUACGAUCCAAAUAAAGAACGACAUCAUUUCGUCUAUGAAUGACAACAACGAUAAUGUAGACAAUGUUGAAUUGACAAUCCACUUUGAUGAUGACUCUAGUAGCGAAUCAUCUUCUUGCCAACUACAACAACUUCAACAACCAUCCGAUUCUUCACCUUACGAUAGAACAAAUGCCGUCUAUCGACCAUCUUUAGCCACAACCGUGCUUUUGCCAAAUGAUGUUACCACCACUACAGAAUCGAUACAUUUAUCUUCGACACCCAAUCGUACUUUGCUCUAUGAUGCUGAUUUUCUUCAAGACACAAACAAUUAUAACGAAUAUAGCGAAGAUGAAGAAGAUGAAGUUGAAGAUGACGACGACGACGACGAUGAUGAUGAUGAUGAUGAAAAUAAUCUCAAGACACCUUGGAGUCCUCCAGCAUCUUUAGCAAGACGAACCAUCAAAACAAGCAAAACGGAUACCAAUAUGAAACAUGAACCCUCGGUACCUUUUAUCAAGAUGGGAUUGGGAAGAAAGAGUUUAGAUGUUGAAGAUCAUGUACAAUACACCACAAGAUCCAUGUCCUCUACUUCAUUUGCUCUACAAUGGCAAGAAAAAUUUCAUGAUCAACAACAACCACGCGAACGUAUCAUCAGUACUUUGAAAAGUGUUUCUUGGACUUUAUAUGAUAUUAUUCGACAUAAUCAUGCAUAUCAACAAUUUACUUCUGACACAGCCUAUGUAGCUCAUCCAAAUUUACAACCAGGGGAAAAUACCAAAGAUUUAUUUACCACUAUUCCUAUGGCUCAUUGGCGUGAUAUCUUUGAUCAAAUUGCCUAUGUAUUUGAAAAUGGGGUAUUGACAGCAGAACAUGCCAUUAUUACAGUGAUUUACAUUGAAAGAAUGCUAGAAAACUCUAAACAACAUCUUUGUGAAGCAAAUUGGCGAUUGAUUGUAUUGGCAGGGUUGAUUACUUCUAUCAAGGUAUGGGAUGAUUGUGCUGUUUACAAUAUGGAUUUUGCUCAGAUUUUCCCAGAAUUGGACAUCAAACAUAUUAACCUCAUUGAACGACGAUUUUUGGAACAUAUCGAUUGGGAUGUCUCUGUCAGAUGUUCUUUAUUUGCAAGUACUUAUUUUGAAUUAAGAGAACAUAGAUAAUACAUUAGUUUAGUUUAAUUAGUUAAUUAGUUUUCUAACCACCACAUUCCUUGAAUCGAUUCCCCCCCUUUCCUUUUAUCAUUCCUUCUUACUUUAUUUAAAUAAUAUAAAACAACUGUCUUUAAUAAAUAAAAGAACC